AUGGAAAAGAAGAACCAUACUGUGGUAACUGAGUUUUAUUUCUCUGAUUUCCCUCUGUUUGAGAAUGGGGGCCUCCUGCUCUUUCUCCUUUUGCUAUUUAUUUACUUGUUCAUUAUUGUGGGAAAUUCCAUAAUCUUCUUUGCUGUGCGGUUGGACCCCCAUCUGCACAACCCCAUGUACAACUUCAUCAGCAUCUUCUCCUUUCUGGAGAUCUGGUACACCACAACCACCAUCCCCAAGAUGCUCACCAACUUGAUCAGUGAGCAGAGGACCAUUUCCUUCCUUGGCUGUCUCUUGCAGAUGUACUUCUUCCACUCACUGGGAAACUCAGAGGGGAUCUUGCUGACCACUAUGGCCAUUGACAGGUAUAUGGCCAUCUGUAACCCGCUGCGCUACCCAUCCAUUAUGACUCCACGGCUCUGUGCCCAGCUCGCUGCUGGCUCCUGCGUCUGUGGCUUUCUUGUGCUGCUCCCCGAGAUAGUGUGGAUCUCUACACUGCCCUUCUGUGGCCCCAACCAGAUCCACCAACUCUUCUGUGACUUUGAGCCGGUGCUGAGCCUGGCCUGCACAAAUACAUCUAUGAUUGUGGUGGAGGAUAUCAUUCAUGCAGUUAGCAUACUGAUGUGUGUGUGUGUCAUCGCUGUCUCCUAUGUGAGGAUCAUCAUGGUGGUCCUGCGUAUCCCUUCGGGGGAAAACCGGUGGAAGGCUUUCUCUACCUGUGCAGCUCAUAUUGCAGUUUUUGUGGUGUUCUUCGGCAGCGUUUCACUCAUGUAUAUGCGCUUCUCAGCAGUGUACCCACCAGUUCUGGACAAAGCCACAGCACUCAUGUUUGCUGUGCUCGCCCCUCUCUGCAACCCCAUUAUCUACAGCCUGAGGAACAAGGACAUGAAGGAUGCCAUCAGAAGAGUUUUCUGCUCUUACCGGGGCCUUGAAGUAUCCUCUAGCCACUAA